AUGCCCCCUCAUCUUCAGUACGGCUCUCCCAAGAGCGCCUCCAGCCCUGAGUCGGCCAAGACUGGAGCUGCCUCGUCGCCAGACAUCUCUGGUGGCUCUCAAAAGGAUUCCAGGAAGCGUAAGAUUCCUGCCGACGAAGACGACGAUGACGAUCUUCUCGAGGAGGGCGGUAAGCCCAUCAAGAAGACGGCUCACAACAUGAUUGAGAAGCGCUACCGGACCAACAUUAACGACAAGAUUGCUGCCUUGAGAGACAGCGUCCCCAGCCUGCGCAUCAUGAGUAAGAGCGCCAGGGGAGAGGACACGACCGAGGACCGUGAGGAAUUACACGGCCUUACACCCGCACACAAACUCAACAAAGCGACUGUUUUGAGUAAAGCGACUGAAUAUAUACGACACCUGGAGAAGAGGAAUAACCGAUUACUGGAUGAAAACAGCGCUAUGCACCAAAGAAUCGCCGCCUUUGAGAAACUGUUCAUGGCUGGAGCUAUGAACGGCUCUAUGCCUCCAAUGCAGCAGCCCACGCCGAUACAGUAUCCCCAAGAUGGCCAGUCGCAGCAACAAUCACAGCAGCAACAGCAACAGCAACAACAGCAGUCUCAAAUGUCACAAUCCCCGCUGGACGCUCAAGGCCAAGAAUCUGGCGGCAUGCCCAAUGGGAUGAUUGAUGUUCCAGAGGACAUGAAACGAAUCCUCUCCCAGAUGCCCGGCCAGCCAUAUCCCGUCCCCCAGCAGCUAUUUCGGUCCAACCCGACCGUGGUUGGUCAACAACAGAUUCGGCCGAUGCAGCAACAGCAGCAACAGCAGCAGCAGCAACAGGGCCAGCCCGGAUGGAGCGCAAGCCCCUACUUUGGUAAGCUGAUGGUGGGCUCGCUCGCCGGCCUGAUGAUAUUGGAAGCGGUUCGAGAAGAGGAAACGAGCAAUGAAGAGCCUCAGGGCCGCGGACUGUUUGCUCUGCCCGUGCAGCUUCUCAGGCAUAUGCCAUCUCACUUCAAUGUAGGGUUGGCAGGGUAUCAAGCCGACAUUUCCAUUAAGUUUAUGCUUCUUUUCGGCCUUGUUUUGUGGGUUUUCAUCCCUUCACUGUUCUCGGCAAUGGACCGAAAGCCCAAGAAGCAGCAAUCCACUGAUCUACAUCCCGCCCCUUCACUGGCUUCUCCCAUUAGUGUCCGUCGCCGCGCUUGGGAGACUGCAAUCCAAACUGUUUGGGUGCCUCAUCACAACUUCUUCCUCGAGGCGGCCGCGCUGAUGCUCAAGACACUGAAGCUUAGCGUACGCAACGUCUUUGGCAUCCACGCCUAUCAACUGUUGACCGGGUUGACUCCUGACCAAGAAGUGGCCCGAGUCCGUGCCUGGGCUACUGCUCUCGACGCACAGCUUACCGGAGGAGAUGCGGAGAUUUGCAUGAGCCGCCUCAUCCUGACGCUGUUGGCGUCUGGCACCGUGCCCAAUACCCCCAGCGGUCUGAUGCUCAAGGCACUCCACGUUCGAGUCCUUCUGUGGGACUUGAGCCAGAAAUGGUAUCAACUUGGUUUGGUCAACUUUUUCGCUACCAAGGUUGCACAACGGCAGUGGAACGCAGCUCGUGACCUAAAUAACAGACUAAUCAAUGACCUACAAGAAGACGAGAUUCUGGAGAUGCAGCGAGCAGGAUACGUAUUACCAGAUCACCUGGCUGCCUUGGUCGAACAGGAGUGUGACGCCGUUCUCACCGCCACCGUCAUUCAACGAGCCCACAACCUGGCUUUUAACAUGGAAACGACACACAACUCGGCCCCGAUUGAUGGCAUGGACUCGGUAGUCGAUGACACGGCGAUUGGGUCCCCGAUGGAUGCUCUUGCCGCCUGGUGGUCAACAUCCAAGGUGCACGACGUUUUGACGACAACAUUAUAUGGUGAUGAGGAGGCGUCAGAAGACGUAGUAAUGAACCUGGCCGUCAAAGUCGCACCAUUAGGCUCAAAUGCUCGAGCACGGGCAAUCCUGGCUCGUUCUGUCCUCGCGUACAAAUCCCGUGGAGACAACAUUGCUGCUGCUGUUCAGGUCCUCCGGGUCGAUACUGGUAGCAACGGCCUGAUGAACCCCAUGGCACUGACUUGUUCCGAGCCGAAUCCUUAUACCGGCCUUGCACCGAUUCCUCUUCAAGCAGACGUUGCAGAUCCCGACCUUCAGCUUUGCCUUCGCUGUGCGGUUGCUACAGCUCACCUCAAACGACUGGGUGGCGAUGCCAGCACGAAACAAUAUGUCCGCACCUCGAUCGAAAAAGUGAUUGACUUGACAACAAAAACACGAAUGACGCUGUUGAGCUUUACGUCGGUCAUGGAAGUUUUGGAGCAAAUCCUAGCCCAUAAAGAUACUACAAACAACUUUGCACCCCUGGUGGAGAGACUAGCAGCCAUAUUGCGUCUUUGGAUGGGUAGCGAACUAGCAUUAAAUUGCGGUGUACCUCCCGACCUUCAGGAAAAAGUUAUCAAUAAAUGUCUGGGCAUUACAAAGAGGCUAGUGGGCAUGGAGGUAGAUACAGGCUACGACAGCAUGACAGACGACGAAGGAUUCUGA